AUGUCAAAGCAGCACACCAUGAAGGCCAUCACCGGCUUCACUGUUCAAAUUGGACCUCGGUAUUGGAGCUCAGAAAGUUUGUUGCUAUACCUGAAACGAGUAUUUAUUUGCAAGUGCAAACAUGAGCCAUUUAAGUUCGUAUUUUCCAAGCUUGCACAUGAAAUCUGGGCAGGCUCUAUCCUGAAACAAUUCACCGAUUUUCCACCACCAAAUUUGUUGAGCCAUGAGCUUCUCGUUCAAUUGUUAUCACUGCUACAUUUUAAACUUAUGUGCUUCAUGUCGCUUUUAAGAAAAGAUAGGCUAGCACGGGACAAAAAGCUAUAG